CUCUCUGAGUUCGAAUAUGAGCCGGCAGAGCGAGUUGGAUUCUAUUCUAUGAACAAAUCAGUUGAACAAAUUUUAUCUUCAAGUAGGACAAAAACUCCCAUCUGUAUCUAUACAAGGAAUUUGAGUCGUACCUAACAAAAAAAAUGAAUCUGGAGACAAGGAAAGUGGGAUUCAAAUCCUAUUACCUGGUCGUCUUCUUCCUCGCAGCUCUAGCCGCCGUUGCGCUCCUAACCCUUGACAAUGGCAGCGGCAUCGUGGAGAAGCGGAACAUGGGGGUUGCUGCGAAUAACAAGGCAAAGGCAGAGAGCAAUGAAGAAAAGAUAAUAGAGCUGGUUUCGGAGUGCAACUUGUUUUCAGGCAGAUGGGUUUUUGGCAAGGCCUCCUCGUCCUCGUCCUCGUCCUCGUAUCCGCCGUAUGAGGAGGGACAAUGCUCUUACAUGACACCAGAGUUUGCCUGUCAGAGGAACGGGAGACCCGACUCCAAAUAUCAAGGUUGGAAAUGGCAGCCUCGGGGCUGCGAUCUUCCCCGCUUUAACGGCACUGCGUUGAUGGAGGCACUGAGGGGGAAGAGGCUUGUGUUUGUUGGCGAUUCGUUGAACAGGAACCAAUGGGUGUCCAUGCUUUGCUUGAUCGAGUCUUCUUCGUCUCUCCGGCACUCCACAGUCAUCAGAGACGGCAAUCAGUUCACCUUCCACGCUCCUGAAUACAAUUCGACAAUCGAUUUCUAUUGGUCUCCGUUGCUGGUGGAGUCGAAUUGCGAUGACCCGAUGGAACACAAGGUGAAGCAGCGUAUUGUUAAGAUCAAAGCGAUAGAGAAGCAUGGCCGGCACUGGACCGACGCAGAUAUACUCGUCUUUGAUUCUUUCAUCUGGUGGCUGCAGCCAUCGAUGACCAUCUUAUGGGGGGGAUCAUUUUCACCCGGGAGCUCCGAUGCAAGCUACAAACAGGUUGUCGAGGGCAUGGAGAAGCGUGUCUAUGAAAUGGCCUUAGACACUUGGUCGGACUGGGUCGAGUUCAACGUCAACAGAACGAGGACGAAGAUGUUCUUUAUGAGCCUCUCGCCAAUGCACCCAUAUGGUGAAAGUUUGGACGUGCUGCAGCACUGCUACAACGAAACAGAGCCAACCUUGGAGGAGGAUGGUUACCGUGGUCGCCGCCGGGUGGAGACAUUUCCCGAUGAUUUCGGCCUAAUCGCACAGUCUGCCAUACAAAAGCUGGCGAGGAGGGGUGUGAGAGUGGAAUACCUCAACAUUACACAUCUGUCGGAUUACAGGAAGGACGCACAUCCUUCCAUCUAUACCUACGACUUUCAAAAGGAGGCAGACCCUCGCAAAAGGAGCCGCCACUCGGACUGCGGCCAUUGGUGUCUUCCAGGCGUGCCUGAUGUCUGGAAUCAGAUCCUCUAUUCUUACAUCAUCAAUUCUUCUAGCUAGAUAUAUACACAUCCUACCAUGUCAAAUGAUUAUGCUACGACGUCUAUCCUCUGAUACUAGAUAGGUUUUACUCCAAAUUUGACUGAACUCGAUCAGAUUUCUCCACCCAAAUACGGUUGGUCGCACGGUGUUUUUUCGCGAAUGGUCCUUCCUAGUCAUCUCGAAUGGGUAGCUAUUGUAGGGAUGAAACCAUGCUGUUCUACUACUUUGUUGAAAACGAUUAAUAAUAAUAAUGUUGAC